CCAAAAAUUGUAGCUUUUUGUGAUAGUAAUUCUGAUUUAGAUCGCACAGAUUAUGAAAAUAAGAGAACUCGAAUCAACGCUAGUUCUACCUCUAAAAAGAUAACCGCCGAGGAUGUUGAAUAUAUAUUAGAUCUUACUAAUGCUAUUACCGAAUUGCAACUGCAAGUAGAAGGUCAAAAGCUAGAGAUAUUAGAAUUGAGAAGGCGAAUAGGUGGCUAUUGUGAAGAGAUAAUUCGUUUAAAGGAAUCAUAUCAAGAAAAGUGUAAAGAAAAUGAGAAUCUUACUGAACAAUGA